AUGUCACACUCCCCGGGACCAUCUCAUUGUUCUAUGGUUCUUGCACCCAUCAAGCUCAAAGAUCUUUCACCAUGGGCAACCUUCAACAAAUUGUGGGCAGGGGUGAUGGGCUAUCCUGCGGAAGAAUUCAGAUUUGUGGCAGGAAAGACUCCGAUGUCGACGCUCAGCGAGACGACGGUUGUUAUAGCCAUCUACCUCAUCGUCGUGUUUGGGGGACGGGAGAUUAUGCGAAAUCGAGAACCUUACAAACUCAACACGCUCUUCAAAAUACACAAUUUCAUGCUGACAGCGGUCAGUGGGGCACUUCUCGUACUUUUCGCUGAGCAACUUCUCCCAACCCUAUGGCGCCACGGUCUGUACGACAACAUUUGCGGAGCAAGUGGUUGGACUCAGCCUCUCGUGGUUCUUUACUAUCUCAACUACCUGACGAAAUACAUUGAACUGAUUGAUACUGUGUUUUUAAUGGUUAAGAAGAAGCAGCUGAUUCAUGUUGUGAUGUAUUGGUAUUAUUUCCAGAGUGCUCGCGGUAUUCGCGUUUCUUGGAAGCAAUGGAUAACACGUCUUCAAAUUGCUCAAUUCGUCAUUGAUCUAGGUUUUGUUUAUUUCGCCUCUUGGGAUUAUUUCACGAGUACUUACGCACCGUUUCUUCCUCACGUCGGUACUUGUGCUGGCGAGCCUUGGGCUGCUAUAGCCGGAGACACAAUUUUAAGUUCUUAUCUUGUGUUAUUUAUCUCAUUCUACAUCGCCACAUAUAAGGAAUCUUCGAAACGCCGCUCGGCUGCAAGAAUCGCGAAAAAUGCUGAGAAGAGUUUGCAGGGAGCUGAAGUUCCCUCAGCGGAGAAGACAAUUAAUGUGGCCGCACAAGCGGUCAGUGCUGCAAAGACUGGAGCUCAGAACCUGGCUUCCGGUCAGCUUUUGCAAAAAGGUGUUUGA